GGCUCGUCUCCCAUCGGUUGGCCUGCCUGCCCGUGACAAAGCCGCCAGCAGUGCUGCUUUCGUAAUCACAACAAACGUUCCCAAGUCGGCGGCCGUUAUCUUUGCUGCCUCCUGUCGCUUAUCUGAUCGGUCCAUCUUUCGUCCAAAGCCCGCAACCUCGACGACCGCAUACUUGCAUGGCCUCCAGCAACCGCCAAGAACAAGCUGCUCGCGUGCCCGCCGAUGUUCUGUGCUUCCGUCGCCUUCCGGACCAGUCAAGCUUUCGAGCCCAGCCACUAGACCGGGCCAGCGCGUCCUCGGUGCCGUCACUCCUGUUCCCGGUAGGGUAACUGGUCAGAAGGCUGGGUCGUGUAUCAAAUGCCAAAACCUGCACAGUCGCAUUGCUAAGGCGCUGCUCGUUCCUGUUGUCAGCAUUUUCAUUUCAAGCUCCGAUCUUAUACAAGCGAGCACGGCUGCCCUUCUCUCGUCUUACGGUCCUGCUCGUUUGCAUUUGCUCGCUGGCCGAUCUCCAGAUCCCAUCACACCAGCACACAGGCGCGGGACGAGAUUCUAGUCACGUCGAUUUUGAUUUUCUAUCUUUCCCUUCUGGGCCUGGUUCGCGUUGUCGCCGCCGGAACCGGGCAUCACGAGAGGAUGGGUUUGGGUGCCGUUUUGGAACCACUUGUGGUGUUGACCUUAUUGUUUGGUGGGACCUACGUGAAUCGCAACAGAGGCUACAAACUACGGCUCCGCCAUCUCACAACCACGCGCUCAAAAAGGACCACCCACGGACGUGACGUUGAGGAUCUCCCUUCGUCGCCUGGCUCGUUCGCCAGCGACGAUCCUCUCAUACCCGCCAGCCAGCCGUGUUCACCAUCGCUUCUAGCAGUCGAUCACGUCGCACCGUGGAGGGAGCGAGAGCUACGAUUAUGGGGUUUCAAGACUGUCGUACGGACGCCAAAUUCGAGGCAAUUCAAGGACCGAUGGUUUGCUAGAGUAUUGAGGAAGUUUCCAUUUUUGCAGGAGGCAUUCUACUGGGCCUUGAUCUACUGGGUAUAUCAGCUUGGUCGUGCCUUUACCGCUCUGACUCUUGUUUCAUCCACUGUCGAUGUCGCGCGCCAGCACGCUCUGCAGUUAAUCCGCUUCGAACAGCAGCUGGGCAUCUUCUGGGAAGUUCCGAUCCAGCGGUUCUUCUUGUCCUAUCCCGCCGCGAUGCAUUGGAUCAACCGAAUCUAUUCCUUCAUCCACAUCCCUGGCACAAUUCUCUUCCUCGUCUGGCUGUAUUACCACACCACAACGCGCAAUCGAAUAUUCGAGCGUGCGCAAGGUCUUGAGGUGACCAAGAUCAACGCGUCGCCCGCUGGACCUAGGCUUUACGAAGCGAGAAGAAGGACCAUGGCGAUGUGCAACUUGCUUGCCUUCAUCGUGUUCACCUUUUGGCCAUGCAUGCCCCCGAGGCUGCUUUCCGACCCCGACGUCCCCGGCGCGGAGGGUGAACUUGCCAGAAGUUUUGGCUUCGUGGAUACUGUGCACAGCGCGAAAGGUGAAUCCAGUGUCUGGACCCAAAACAGGUUCUGCAACCAAUAUGCUGCCAUGCCGAGUCUGCAUUUUGGAUAUUCACUUCUCGUAGGCUUGACCGUGAUGACCAUUCCACUUCCACCACACAAAAAGGGUAAGACCACCAUCAGCCUGAAGGGCUCGCGCAUCAGCAUUCCCAUACCCAGCUGGAGAAGAGCAACCUGCAUGACGGUCGGUUUCCUGUACCCUUUCACGAUCCUUGUGGCCAUUGUCGCGACCGCAAACCAUUUCAUCCUCGACGCGGUGGCCGGCGCGAUGGUUUGCGGUCUCGCCUGGCACGGAAAUGAUGUCUUGCUAAACUUGCUUCCGUUGGAGGACUGGUUCUUGUUCUGUUUGAGGACGCAUUUUCCGGAAAAAGACGUGGUCGAGCACUCGGAGGGCCAGGAAUCGGCCAAGCUUGUCGCAAAGGGUUUAGUACAGUAAAAGCUGCGCCUAAGAGAUACCCAAGAUCGUUGAUUUUUUUUUUUUUUUAUUUUUUU